UCCGUAUUGGAGGGGCGUAGAAAGGAGGCCAUAUUGUACAGUUAAAUUGAAAGAACGAAAAUAAUUAUAUCAGCGUGAAGUGGGCACUAUUUAUCGUAAUAUUUUUAUCUCCUGUCUUUCAACGACGUUAGUUGAAAUUCACAGUUACAAAACAAGUAAGGGGGGCCAAUCCGUGGGUUCCUGAUAUUUUAUACAUAAGUAUAUUUUAGUAGUGUAUUUCGAUCGAGAGGCAUCGUCGGUCUAUAUUACAGGAGUUUGUUGCUGCAAGCGAAAUGGGCACUCGAGAUGACGAAUAUGAUUAUUUAUUUAAAGGGAAUCUUUGAUGUCGAAUCGAACGUUAUUCACGCUGACGUUCACUCUAUAGGCACGAAUGACUGUUAGGAUUUUCGUAGAAUGUGGUCGACGUAUGAUGACAUCAGAUGAUGUCUCUCUUAGAGCGUGACACAACUAUCAUUUUACUCUGAAAUGUCAAAUUAUGAUAGACAUUUUCUUGGAUUUAUUGUCCUUAUUGGUGAUUCUGGAGUAGGAAAAAGUAACCUACUAUCUCGUUUCACACGCAAUGAAUUUAAUUUGGAAUCAAAGUCUACUAUAGGUGUUGAAUUUGCAACACGCAGUAUACAAGUAGAUGGUAAAACUAUUAAAGCUCAAAUUUGGGAUACAGCUGGACAAGAACGUUAUCGAGCCAUUACCUCUGCAUACUAUCGGGGUGCAGUUGGAGCAUUGUUGGUAUAUGAUAUUGCAAAACAUUUGACAUAUGAAAAUGUUGAAAGAUGGUUACGAGAAUUACGGGACCAUGCAGAUCAAAAUAUUGUGAUCAUGUUAGUGGGAAACAAAUCAGACUUAAGGCAUUUACGUGCAGUUCCAACUGAUGAGGCUAAAGCAUUUGCAGAAAAAAAUGGUCUUUCAUUUAUUGAAACCUCUGCUUUAGAUUCUACCAAUGUUGAAACAGCGUUCCAAAAUAUAUUAACAGAAAUAUACAGAAUCGUAUCACAAAAACAGAUACGAGAUCCACCAGAGGGAGAUACAAUUCGACCCCAAAAUGUAGAACCUAUUGAUGUCAAGCCGACAAUGAAUUCUGAUGGAAUGCGUAAACAGUGCUGUCAGUGACUUACCUUGCUGCUUAAAAUAAGCAGUCUCAAGGAGGAAGAAUGGAAUAAGAUACUGAUGAUAGAUAUGGCAAGUGCAUAAUAAUUUGAAAUCUAAGACUAUAUGCACAAGUCCAUAAUGUCAUAUGUUUGAAGAAUUUGUAACCCCAACAACAUCAGGGUAUACUAUUCACUGAUGCUCUUAUGAGUAUAUAUUAUGCAUUCACAGAAAUAGUUAACAAAAAAAAAAAAAAAAAAGAAAAAAAACAAGCAUCAUGGUUAUGUAUGAUGCAGUAAAAGUGAAUACAUAUGCAUUAUUCUGUCCUUUAAAUUUAUUUUUACCCUAUUUUUUUUUUUCAUAUUUUUGAUCAUAUACGAGGUCUGUUCAUGUAAUGAAGAGAAACAUUAAUAUUGUAUAUAUAAUUGUCGUGUAUAAUUAAAUAUAAUAUUAUUUGAUUCUUAUUAUAUAUAAAUAAAAUCUCUAUUAUAUGACAAAUAUAAGUUGCAGAGAAAGAAUUUAUUUAUAAAAUAAUAUAAGCACACGUCCCUCAAGCUAAAAGUUAUAAAGCGCUAUAUAACUAUAAUAAAAUGAUUUGAUGAUUAUAAGUUAUUAAAAAAUAUAAAAAAGUAGUAAAAAUAGUAAUGCUGUCUUUUUUUUACAAUUUUUUCUUUAAAAAAUAAUUUCAUGAAAUUUAUAAUAAGACGAACUCAAGAAAUUAUCCAUCUCUCAUUGAAAUUUAAAUGAAUAGUCCUCGUAUAUUAAACUUAACAAAAAAAAUGCUUUGUUCUAAUUCAAUUUAAAGAUAUUUCAGUCCAUUUAGCAUAUAGCUAUUAUUGUGAGUAUGUAAAUAAUUUAUAAUCAUUUGCUUACAAUGAAAUAAUGCAGUCAAACAUAAAAUCAACUGCGAAGAAUAGUGCAUAAUAGUAGACGAAAGCUUAUAAUAAAAAUAAAAUAACUAUAUAAAGAAGUCUGAAACAUGAAAUAAAUUAAAAAUUAAAAAAAUUAAAUUCUAUAAAAUAUUUUUCUGCUUUUAUGAUUUUUUUAAAGUUUGGUUUUGUCAUCAUUUUAUUCAUAAGAAAUUCUUUAAAUUUGCAAAUAUGUGACAUAUACUUAAUAUAUAUGAAAUAUUGCACACUAUACAUAUUCUUUCAGCAUUGUUAUUUUUAUGAAUACUGCAGCAAUUUAGAAGCUAUUUUCAAAAACCAACUAUUAUAUUCUUGAAUAAAUUGAAAGUGUGUAAAAUAUUACAAGUUAAGAUAUAUAAGCUAUAAUAUGAAAGAUUAACAAAAUUUUAAUUAUUAUUCCAUAGGAUAUAAAAUUUGUGCAACAUGCUAAUGGAAUAUAAAAUAUUAAAUGUCAGAUGUGUGUGUGUGUGUGUUAUAUAUAAUUUUCUAUUACUUAA